GAUGGGUCGGCCUGUAUCAUUUGCAUUUCGCAAUCACUUUUUAACAGGAGAAAGUGAGGCGCAACUUCUUUGACUUCGCUCUGAUUUGAGUUGGACUCGAUCUUGAUCUUCACCAUGCAGACAACUUUGUCUUUACUCAUCGGCAGCUUGCUAGCGGCAGCCGCCCUGGCUCAGGAUGUACGCCUGGUUGACGAGAACGGUGACACGUCGGUAAGCAGCGGGCGAGUUGAGGUCCUCCGCGAUGGCGUAUGGGGUACGGCCUGCAACCCAAAGUGGGGCAUGGCAGAGGCUCAACAAGUCUGUGCCGAUUUGGGGUUCCCUGGGGCCAUCGGGGCCUCAGUCGGAAGUGGCGACGUGGUUCCUCACUACGUACCAAUCUGGAAAGACAUGGUGAAGUGCGUGGGUAAUGAGAGCAGCUUCACAGAGUGCAGUGAUGCCUUUGACGGUGAUGAUGUCUACCAAUGCGGCCAUGAGUAUGAUGGAUAUGCAUCUUGUAAAGGGAUUCGACUUGCUUCAAAGUUCGGAGGAUUCGGCACCACAGAGGGUCGGGUGGAGAUAUACAAAGAUGGAGAAUGGGGAACAAUUUGUUCUUCUGGAUUCGACCUACGUGAUGCUAACAUGGUUUGUGCCCAAGUGCUCAGUGUCGCAUCAAGGGCUAAGCAGUACUACGGUUCUACCAUAUUUGGUGAAGGAACGGGACCGAUCCACAUCAGUGGGCUUACGUGUGGUAGCCUUUCACCGGACACGAUUCCGGAUGUCCUAAGCUGCUCCCGAUCAGAUACCGUCCAUUCGCGUUGCAGCCAUAGAGAUGACGUCGGAGUUACAUGCGAGGUUGCAGGUAUUCGUCUGGUUGAUGCAAGCGGUAACCCGUCGAGUUCUCGCGGACGCAUCCAGUUAGGGCAAGGGUAUCGGACGAGCACGGUCUGCGAUCGGUUGUUCGGAAAGACGGACGGGGACGUGGUUUGCAAGCAGCUUGGAUAUCCGCGUGGAGCAAUGGCCAUCAAACCCGCGGCCUUUUUCGGUCCAGGGACCGGAGCUAUUGGUAUGGACGGGGUUGACUGCUCUCCGAAUGACAGACUUCUUUUCAAGUGUGGCAGGUUCCCAGAGGUGCAACCCGGAUGUGAUCACAACCGUGAUGUUGGCGUUAUCUGCGAAACAGGCCUUCGUCUUGUAGCCGAGGACGGUAGCGUGGACGGCAGCGAGGGUGUACUGGAAGUGCUUGUUAAUAACCAGUGGGGCCGAGUGUGCAUAAAAGGCUUCACACAAGCUGGUGGUGACAGGGUCUGCAAGCUCCUCGGCUUCAACAGCGGCGCUUCGUCUUUUGGUCAAUACUUGGGACCCAACGGCGAUGGCACGUACCCGAACGCGGAAGAACUCGUUCAGAUUCCCAUCGUAAUGGAAGGACUGGACUGCCGGGGCGAAGAGCAGAGCGUCUUCGCCUGUAGUUACGGUCAAACAGAGGAUCGUCGGUGCAACUUCAAGACAGCGGUCUCCCUUACUUGCGACACUGCACCUGGCCCAGCAACGAAGGAGCUAUCCAUGGGAGAAGACAUGGAUAAAGCAGAACUUCUGAGUCGAGCUGCAGAGUUGCUUGCCAGCCUGGAAGCAGCCGAAAAGGAGAUCUAAAACGGACCCCGAAAAACAAAAACAUCUAUUUCUAUCUGACUUUGGUAUCGAAGUAGCAUAAUGAAAAAAGAAACAGUGAUGGCACAAUUUUGGAAUUUCGUAGGUUACAGAUGAAUCCAGUGCGCUACAGCGCCAUCAGGAAAUAUAAAAACAAGUUGCUAAUUUACAAGUUUAAGAACCUUUUCCUUCUCGUUUUCAACCAUUGAUUUCAUAUUGGAAAAAAAUUACAAAGUAUGAAUGAUAAUAGAAAAAAAAUCAUGAUAAUACGGUGUCGUAUUUUUUUAUACUGAUGUUUUAUUUCUCGAUGGUGUAUCAACGUAUUUGAUAUUGGUUAUUGAGUCCCUGUAUCCCUCCCCCUUUUAAUGGAUAUCGAUUAGAUCGUAUUAAUCUGUUGGCUUUCACUAACAUUUUUGCUCCUUUUUAUUCAAUCCCUAAUUUUAGUAUUGUUCACUUACAUAUAUUGUGAUAUUUUUCGUAUAGACAUCGAAUUUCUUUUACUAUCCCCAACUUUAUUAAUGUUUUUUACCUUACCUUGUAUCUUUGACAAAAGUGAGUAAUGCUAUUUUCCUUUCUGCUGGUAUAACUUGAAUAUUUAUCAAAUAACUUCUUGAAUAACAGUAAAUAAUUUCUACUCAUGCUGAGCCGAUGUUCACGAUCUCAAAAACACAAUCGUUUUACGGAUAUUUACAUGCAUUCCAAGGAUUUCAAAUAAAUUCAAAUCGACUGGGAAUGUUGACCAGCCGAAUAAUAGAUUUAGAUUUAAACCUUGUUGAUUUAGAUAUAAAUCUAAAAAAAAUUGAAUCUAAAUAUUUUGAAAUAAUCCUUAAGAUCUAAAUAAAUUGAAAAUUCGGCAGGUCACUAUUCAUUGAGUUUAAAUCCUUGCAAUUAAGAGUGAUAUGGAAAGAUGAAUACUAACACAAAUAAACACAAAGCAAAGUC